CUAAAUUGAAGUCAGCAAUCAUCCGCUAUUCAUUCUCAAUUUUUGGAUAUGUAUUUGAAACGUGAUUAGGUGGCGGAAGCACACAUACAAGGCAACAAAAGAUCCAAGUCGUGACUAGUAAUAAUGAAUGGAGGAUGUGGUAAUUAAGAGAAAGGUGGGCACAGCAGAAUGGAAUUUAUGGGGGGACGGUGGGAAAUGAUAAUCUCACGGCCUCACCAACUUCCCUUCCCUACCUACCUCCUCUGGGCCUUUUGAUUUGAGGAGGCACCAUUGAGCCGUCUCCUGCGCCUGCCUUAUCAACUCCCCCUUCUUCCUUCCUUCUUGUUUCUGUUGCCCCUCACAUAUCCCCUCUCAACCUUUCUCUUUCUCCCCCAAUCGCCUGCAACCACAACCAUGGCUGCUCAAACUGAAACGGUGAUGGUCGAUGAAAUCUCUUAUCCUUCCAAGAUCACUACUGCCAAGCCCCUUUCUCUUCUCGGUCAUGGGAUUACGGACAUGGAGAUUCACUUCCUCCAAGUCAAGUUCUACUCCAUUGGGGUCUAUUUCGAGCCCGAAAUAGUGAAUCACUUGCAGCAGUGGAAGGGGAAAACCGCCAAGGAGCUGGAAGACAGCGAUGAUUUCUUCGCUACUCUCAUCUCUGCCCCGGUGGAGAAAUUUAUCAGAAUAGUGGUGAUCAAGGAGAUCAAGGGUUCCCAGUAUGGAACCCAGAUAGAGACGGCCGUGAGAGAUCGAUUGGCAGCAGAGGACAAGUACGAGGAGGAGGAGGAAGAAGCUUUGGAAAAAGUUGUGGAGUUUUUCCAGUCCAAGUACUUCAAGAAACACUCGGUCAUCACAUAUUAUUUCCCAGCAAAUUCUCCGACGGCUGAGAUUGUGGUGUCCUUGGAGGGGAAGGAAGACUCCAAGUUCGUGGUGGAGAAUGCUAAUGUGGUGGAUGCGAUCAAGAGGUGGUACUUGGGUGGCUCAAGCGGUGUGUCCCCGUCAACCACCACAUGCCUGGCCACCACUUUUUCUGCCGAGUUGUCCAAGUGAAGCCUGAUUUUUGCGGCAGCAUGUACUCAAUCAUACUUUCUCCGCCAUUUCUGUCUUUCUAAUGCCUCCUUUCCACUGCAAUUAAGAAUAAUGUUAAUCUUAUGACGCUUCCUUGAGUUUUGUUGGCUUCUUGAAUGGUUGGUGAAGCACCAGAGCAUUAUAUGC